AUGUUUAAACUAUUUAUUUUGUCGUUCAAUAAACCUCUCAUAAUACCAAUAAAUCGAAUUUCUCUUAUUUUAGAAAAAUCAAAAGACUGUGAAAUUCGUAGGAUUAAUAGUUUAUGCGUUAGCAAACAGCCGAAACGAGUGUUUAGAUCAUUACCAAAAAAAAUAGGUAUUAAAUUAUUUUUACAAUACAAUUAUAGUCCAAGGCAAUUAUUUUUCCAAAAAUUAAAUUCUAGUAGAAAAUGGACUUCUCUGGAGGAUAAUAUAUUAAUAAGACGAAGCGUUCUCUAUGGAUGGAAAAAUUGGAACUUAAUUGCUCAAGGAUUAUGUAAUAGGUCACCGAUUGAAUGCUUUUAUCGUUGGAGAAAAUUAAAACAUCAAAUAGAUCUACCUGCCAACCAGGAUUUAUUCUUUUCAUCAAAAGAAUUUAAAAUAUUUUUAAAACGAAUUUCAAUAUACGGAAUCGAUUGGAAUAAAAUUGCUACGGGAUUUAAGAAUAAAUCAAUUAUUCAGUGUAAAGAGCUUUAUUAUCGUUUACAAAAAUUUACUAACAAAAAGAAAAGAUUUGGAUCAAUUGAUUAUGUUCAAAUUCAAAAGGUUUUGAAAAAAGCCGAAACUGUAAAACUCAAUUCUAAAAUUCUUAGGCCUAGAAGUGAGUGGACACCUGAAGAUAUUAAAAAACUUAAAAGUAUUGUUAGAAAGCAACCUUUUUAUAAUAUUUCAUGGGGUUUAAUAGCUAAAGAAUUUCCUGGAAAAACAGCUGCAAAAUGUAGUAGAAAAUGGCAAGAUAUCUGGGACGAAAUAGAAAUGAAAAGUCUCAAAGAUGCUAUAGAAAAAUAUGGAGAAGAUUGGGAAACUGUUUCAGAACAAAUAGAUGGAAGGACCCCAUUACAAUGUAAAAAUAAGUGGAAAUCCUUGAAUACGGUUGUGGUUAAACGGAAACCUUUUACAGAAGCUGAAAUUUAUCUUUUAUAUGAAAUAAUGAAAGAUCCACCAUUGAUUAGAAAUAAUCGAACCAAUUGGGUAUAUAUUGCGGAGAAAUAUUUUUCAGAUCGUACCUCUACUCAAAUACAAUAUAAAUGGGUAACAUUAUGUAGAAAAGCUUGGACUAAAGAAGAACAACAAAUUCUUUUACAAAAAUCUGAAGAAUAUGAACAUAUAUUAGAUGAAGAUGAGAAAUGGAUUAACGUAGCAAAACAUAUACCAGGACAUACUCCUAGCGAAUGUCGCAAGAAACGUAAGGAAUUAGAAAUAAAACUUAAAAGUUGGAAAAAACAUGAACAUUUAGAAUUAAUUCUUGCAGUAAAGGAAUAUGGACCACAAUGGAGAUUACUUAGUAAAAAAUUAAAACGACUUCCGAAUCAUAUUGAAAAAGAGUAUAAAAAACUUCAAGAAAGUAAUAUCUGGUUAUAUAAAGAUUUAAUAAAUUAUAGUAAAAAUCCGAAUGAAAAAGAAUUUGUAAAUAAUAAGAAUGAUUCUUCACAUUCUUCACAAGAUAAGUUUGAUUUCCUGAAAACUGGAGACGACGAUGAUGAAUAUUUUAAUACUUCCCAGUGA